GCGGCACCGGCCUCGCACGGCGGCGCCGCGGGAGCCGCCGCAGCCCCGCCAUGGCCAAGGAGGGAGCGCAGCGAGCCGAGGAGACGGAGCAGAUGAUCGACAAGGAGGGCGGCAGGGAGGCGGCCGAGGGCGGCGCGGGCGGCAGCCUGCGCGCCGGGGACGCCAAGGAGAUGCGAGCCGUGGUGCUCUCCGCCUUCGGGGGGCUCAACAAGCUCCGCGUGUCCAAGAAAGCCAUGCCGGAGCCGCAGGAGGGCGAGCUGAAGAUCCGCGUCAAAGCCUGCUGAUUCCCUCUAAGUUCCAGAUUCUCAACAUGAAGAAGGAGGAUACUCCCCACGGCACUGUGGGGAGUAUUCUGCCCAGAAUUAGCCCAUUUCUAGACAUGAGCGAGACUCGCCCAAAGCUGCCACCAGUUGCCCUGAAACAGAGCUUGUUUCGGGUUUCCCCACCAGAGAUGGUAUUUCAGAACUUCGUCGCCCAUGAGGUCUCUGAAAUGGCACUGUCCUUCAUGAAUAAGGACAAGAUUUCUGGGAUGGUGAAGGUCUGCAUGGAGAGCUCACCUUAUUUCGAGCUGGCGUGCCCCAGUGAUGUGUACCACAUCGUGCCACCGGGCGCGUCUGCCCGUGUGCGCAUCCGCUUUACCCCUGAUGAGAUCAAGGAUUAUUCCCACGAGCUCGUCUGCAUGACUGCAAAGGAAAGGAUAGUUGUGCCAAUUCGGGCCAUUGGUGCCAAAGCUAUCCUGGAAUUCCCUGACCACCUGGACUUCCUGAAGUGUCCAGUCAAGUACAGCACCCAGAAGACUCUGCUGGUUCGCAACACUGGUAACCUGGAAGCUCAUUACCAGCUGAGCACCCAGAGUCCUUUCUUCGUGGUUCCAGCCACGGGAACUCUGGGCGCUGGUGACAGCAUGCAGGUGACAGUGGGAUUUCACCCGCUGACGAAUGGUGACCAUUUCGGGUCCCUGGUAGCGUGCUGCAACACAGGUGAAGAAAGGAUCCACACAAAGCUCCAUGGAGAAGCUGUAGAUCUCAACCUUGGGUUGAGCACAAGUUCCGUGGAGGUUGAGAAGACUUUCAUCACCAUGUCAAACCACACAACCGUGUUCAUCGAAAACAGGAGUAACAUCACAGCCCACUUCCAGUGGAAGACUUUUCUUGAUGAGGAAGACGAGAAUGAAGUGAAGAGGAGGCAGUGUAAUUCGCUGCGCGUGCCAAGUGAGGUGUGGGUGGAAACUUCCAUGGAGGAGGAAAAAAUACGGAAGGUGAAGGGCUUUUGUAAAGAUCGCAUUGGCAUCCUGAAGAGCGUGGUCGAGGAGGAGGUGGCAAAGGUGCAACAAGACCCCAUGCUGUUCUCCGAUGAAGUUUUUUUCAUUGAGCCAUUGGAGGGAGAAAUUGGGCCGCAUUGUUCGGCCGAAAUCAAGGUGACCUUCAAACCCCUAGAGGCACUGAAGUACCAAAGUAUGGCUUACUGCAAUAUCUCAGGCCGUGAGAGCAGGAUGACCCUUCGCCUCAAAGGGGAAGGCCAAGGACCUUUGCUUGAAUUCAGCUGUCCUUCACUGAAUCUUGGGAAAAUUCUUGUUGACACCCUCCACGUCUAUGAGGUGAAGCUGAUUAACCAAGGAGCUAUUGAUGCUCCCUUCACCUAUAUCCCUUCAACCAGGAAGGGAUUCUGCUUCAAGUUUGCACCUGAGGAGGGCAUCAUUGCACCAGGUGGGAUCCAGACUAUUCAGAUCUCCUUCAAUGCCACCGUGUUGGGGAUGUUUGAGGAAGAAUUCCAGUUCAGUGUGGCUGGAUCUCCUACGCCUGCCAUCCUGACCAUCAGGGGGUGUGUCGCUGGACCGACUUUACACUUCAAUGUCGAUGAGCUCAGCUUCGGGGACAUCUCCUUUGGCUUUCCCUACACCAAGAGCUUUCGCCUGACUAACACCUGCCCGGUGCCCGUGACGUUCAAGCUCCGCAUGUUGGACGAUGACACGCAGCCUGCUGUGAAUAGCUGUGAUCAAAUACACAGCGACAGUGACCCAUCCGGGACGGAGGGAAUUCAUUUUUUCCCGGAGCCAAGAGAGUUUACAAUGAAUCCCAUGCAAGGGACCAUCCUCCCCCAGGGACACCGGGAUAUCAAGGUGACCAUGUGUUCCAAAACCGUGAUGGAAUUCUGCCGGAAAAUGCUGGUGGACCUGGAGGGUAUUGGCGAGGGAGUGGCAUCCCUGACCAUCACAGCCAGGUGUCUCGUUCCUGAGCUGUACGUGUACCCUCAAAUCCUGCUGUAUGGUAAAUGCCAGCUGAAGGAGCCAUAUGAGAGGAAGUUCAUCAUUGGGAAUCCCACUGACCUUCCUGGCUGCUACAGGCUUAUUCCCCAGAAAUGCGAGGAGGACUCUCCUGUGCUCUACUCCAGCCCCAAACCCUAUGGGAUUGUCCAGCCUCGCAGCACUGUAGAGAUUCCAGUUAUAGUCAAAGUCCAAACACUGGGCGAGCAUCGCACCAACGUUCUUGUCGGCGUGUUCGGGGAUGAGAGAAACCCACGGAGAAUAGAACUACAGAGCUCUGGAUGCCUGGCAAAAAUCCGCCUAAGUGAUCGCAAGAUAGACUUUGGCGAGGUCCCAUUAUUACAGCCUACUUCACGAAGCCUUACCCUCUUGAACAAUGGUCUCGUCCCUGUAGACUUCAGGCUAGAGAUCGAUCCCACACCCCACUGCUUUGCCGUUGAGCCCAGAGAAGGAGUGAUCCCUGCUAGGGGCAAGGUUCCUGUGACUGUCACAGCAGCCCCGAAUGACACUCGGCUGUUUGCUGGCAAUGUCCAGCUGUUCAUUGGGAACAGCCUUUGGACCUCCUGUGUGCUGGAGGUUUUGGGCACUGGCACCACAAUUGUCAUAACCAAGCCAUUAACCCCAGAGCUCAACUUGGGGACCCAUUCAGCGAAAUGCUACAGCCCACCUAAGGGGAAGGACCAGAGUGUCUCAGCCCUCAGCAGCCCCAAAGAUGCUUCCCAGAGCCCCAAACGUGCCGCCCCCGUGUUUGAGGUGGAGCUACCGACGGGGACACUGCAGCCAGGCGAGUCUGUGGACAUGGUGCUGCGAGGCUUCUCCCACAUCUCGCAGGAGGUGCAGGAUUAUGUGUUCUGUGAAGCUGCCAUUGGGAUAACCAGCCACAAAGAGAAGAUAAUAGAAAUAAUCAUUACCUGCAAGUUCAUUCACCCCUCUAUAGAAGCAUCAGCCAGUCAAUUCUCUUUCCGGGUGGAGAAGAAACCCAGUGAUGUCCUGACGCUGCAGUACCAGCCUUUGGCUUUAAAAAACACCUGCCUGCUGCCACUGGACCUUAUGCUGGACUUGGAGCAGCCAUUCCUGGUCUGUGAUGAGGACCAGAAGCCCCUCCCAGGCGGCCAGUUUGUGUCCUUGCAGCCUGUGACAGUGGGUGUAGGGGAGACCUGUCAUCUCUACAUCGCAUUUGACCCAGCUUAUAAACUGGAUUUUAAGAGCUGGAAAAUAGAGAAGGUUCUGAAGAUAGACAUGGUCAGGGGCCAUCCUUUUGUGGAGCGUAUCACCCUUCGGGGAGAAGUCCACUUCCCAAGUCUCCGAAUCCAGCCCGGCACCCUGGAGAUUGGCUGCAUCGUGGCUGGCACUGAAGAAGUGCGUUCUCUGAAGAUCACCAACCGCAGCCCACUUCCCGUCGAGUACCACUGGUCAUUCCAUUCGGACAGCCAGGUGAACAAGUUGAGAUAUGAGCCUUACCCACCUAAAUUCAAACCCCAACCACCAAAGGGGAAGAGAACCUAUUUGGGUUGCCUGUCAUCUCAAUGGAGACAGUUCAAGAUUGGAAGGGAGGAGGCAGCCAGAGCCCUGAAAGAAUUGCAGGAUUUUAACCAAUCUUUAGGAACAGAGGUGCAAAUACAACUGCCUGAACCCCCUCGCUUCCCACGAGAGUUGGUGGGAUUCAGGCACUCCGUGGACAUGCCACACACUCCCCUCGAAGUGGAGAAGGCUUUCAGUAUCGUGCCAGUGUCAGGUGUGCUGCAGCCGGGAGAGAGCCAGCAGGUCUCCUUCACCUUCUUUGGCCACCUCAACACCAUCUGCAAUGUCACGGCGCUGUGCCACGUGGAGGGAGGCCCCACCUACGAGGUGGUGGUGACCGGAGAGGCCUCACGUGUCAGCUACUCCCUGAGCUCCCGGGAGAUCGACUGUGGCUCUCAGAUGUUUAAUGAAAUUCAUCACCGCACAGUCACCCUGGCAAACACUGGCAAGCCUGAAUUCAACUGGGUGCUAAAGCCUAGCACUGCCGACCAGCGUCUGCCUGGCGUGUUUCUGGUCAAGCCCACCACUGGCUCCAUUGCACAUGGCGAGAAGCAAGUGCUGAAAUUCUCUUACAUGCCGGGAUUACCAGGAGCCUUCAGCAGGACUUACCAGCUUAAAGUGGGUGACCUGGACCCAGAAAAUAUCUGCCUGAAAGGAGAAGCGUCCUUUCCCAUGAUCAGGGUGAACCUGCCCUGGAACAUCAAAGGAAAUGAAAAAGAUGAGAUCACUAAGAGUCAGACCUCGAAGACUCGGGAUCCGAAGACUCAGGGCCUGAAGCCCCACAUCCCUCGUUCUGGCAUUGUAUCAAACACUCAGCUGCAGAUAGAGAUGAUGAGGAUGCUGAUAAAGAAGCCUUCUCUGGAGCUGCAGAAAAAGCUCCCAUCCCAUGCCCUGAAGAGCAGGUUCCCUGAGAAGGAGCUGUGCCAGCGUCUUGUCAAAGUUAACCUGCUCGAGUAUGUCCUGGACAUGGGCCCUGUCCUGAAGGGUUACACUGAGACACACACUCUGAAGAUCACCAACCCUGGGCAGAUCUAUGUGUCCUUCCAGGUCAAUGUGUCUGUCCUGCGGGACACAGGUUUCAGUGUGGACCUGAACAAGAUGGAGGACCUGCCCCCCAACCACACCGUGGCGUUUGAAGUGCGCUUUGAAAGUGCCCACCAGCCACAGGGUGACGUGGAUGUGCUGCUGCCCAUAAAGGUGACAAAAGGCCCCACGUAUAACAUCCGCCUCCGUGCCACUGUGUCUGAAAUGUCGCUCGACCUCUCCAAGAAGAGACUGCACUUCUCUGACAUCCUUGUUGGGCAGUGCCAGGUCGAGACCAUCCGACUCUACAACUGGUUCCGAGUAGCCUGCAAAUGGUCCAUCGAGCGUGUUCCGAAGAACAAUCACCUCAAAUACAUGACAGUACGUCAGAAGCGGCAGGCGCUGGAGGAUGAGCCCUGUCCCUUUGAAGUGACGCCCUCCAAAGGAACCCUUGGUGCAGGAAAGUGGCAGAACUUGCAAAUCCAGUUUACACCCGAGGCGGAGAGCUCUUACAGGAAUGAGCUGGAGCUUAACAUUUGUGGGAGCAGCAGUCACUUAAAGCUGCACCUCUCAGGAGAAGGUCUGGAGCCACGGUUGGAGUUCAGCCCCCCAGCACUAAAGAUGGGAUGGAUGCUGGUGGACAGUGAUGGGCUGGAGGCCACAGUGGUGGUGAAGAACCCAUGCAACUUCCCCAUUGAGUUUUACUCCCUGGAUUUUGAUGAGCAGUACCUUGAGGAGGAGAAGAUCCUGCGGAUGGCAGUGGGGUCCGAGUAUCAAAAGUGGUUUUUUAUGCCUCCACGUGCCGUGGGUGAGACGCUGCCCCCAGAGGUGCUGGAGGACCAUGAAGCACAGAGGAGGCCGAAGGCUCAACAGGCAGAGCUGAAGGCCAUGGCAGAGGCCAAGGCCAGGGCUGAGGCUGAGGCCAAGGCCAAGGGCAAGGCAGCACCAGCACAUCGCAGGACUCUCACAUUCUGUCCUGAGUCCAUGCUGAAAGUGACUGGCAGUCCCAUCUCUCGGGCUGUCAUGCGCCACCUGGGCAUUGACCCGUCUUCAGAGAGGCGUGAAGCGCAGCAGCACAGAGGGAUUGUUGUCAUCCUCCAUGGGCCACCCCGGACAGGAAAGACAGAGAUAGCAGCAGGCCUGUGUCAGUAUUAUGAUGCUGCUUACGUGUCCAUUGACACCGUGGUGAAAGAGGCCAUGGCCAACGAUGGGAGCCCAGCAGGGCUCUGUGCCCGGGAGCUCUGCACCAAGGCUGCCAUGGAGACAAAAGACAAAGACAAAGGUGAAAAGUCUCUGACCAAGAAUAAAGAAGCCUCUGGGGAAAAAAUCAACAAGAAGGAUGCCAAAGGCAAGACCCCUUCAGCACAAAAGAAGAAGGAGCCAGGCAGCAAACUCGACAAAAAGGACACCAAGUUCACAGUUUCCACUGCUCCUGCGCCGCAGCAGCUGAACAUCAGCAGCAGUCAUGGGGAAGAGCUGAACUGCUUGAGCUGUGUGCUGCCCGAGGACCUGCUGGUGGACAUCCUCAGUGAGAGGCUGAAGUGUAAAGACUGCUACAAGGGAGUGGCCUUUGAUGGCUUGGAAAGCCUCUUUGCAAGCAGCCUGGAAUCUUCUCUUCUCUGUGUACUCAAAGCUGUCAAAAAUCGUCGUCAUAUCUUCAUAUUGAACCUGCAUCAGGAUUAUGCUGUUUGGAAAGCCAGGGUUGAAGCUGAAAGAGAGAGGAAGGAAGCUGAAAGAGAGAAGAAAGAACUGCAGUGGGAAAAAGCUAUUGAGAGGAAGAGAAAACUUUUAUUGCAAAUGACUGAGGAUGAGUAUGACGCCCUCCCUGAGGAGAAGAAAGCAGAAGUGGAUAAAAUAUUCCUGGAAUGGGUGCGCAUACAGAGGAAGAGGUGA